AUGGCGGGCACACGGAAUUAUGACUUCCUGAUUAAACUGUUGUUGAUUGGAGAUUCGGGUGUGGGUAAAUCAUGCUGUCUGCUGCGUUUCAGCGAAGACUCCUUUACCCCUUCAUUCAUCACAACCAUCGGAAUUGACUUCAAGAUUCGAACGAUCGAGUUGGAUGGAAAGAGGGUCAAGUUGCAGAUCUGGGACACUGCAGGCCAAGAACGCUUUCGCACUAUCACGACUGCGUACUAUAGAGGUGCCAUGGGUAUCCUCCUUGUCUAUGAUGUGACAGAUGAGCGAUCAUUCCAAAACAUUCGCACCUGGUUUUCAAACGUUGAGCAACAUGCCAGUGAAGGCGUACACAAGAUUCUCAUUGGAAACAAAUGUGACUGGGAAGAAAAAAGGGCGGUCUCUACUGAACAAGGCCAGCAAUUAGCUGAUGAACUUGGCAUUCCCUUCCUUGAGGUUUCGGCCAAGAACAACAUCAACAUUGAGAAGGCGUUCUACAGCCUUGCAUCGGAUAUCAAGAAAGGGAUGGAUACUUCAAAGACUGAACAGUCGGGUGCUCAGGGUGUCAGUAUAGACCAGCAAGGCUCCGGUUUGAAUGGCAACUCAGGGGGCAAGUGUUGCUAG